CAAAUGAAAAACCGUUACCCCCCAAAAUGUCCAAACACGGAAUUGUUUUUGCUCAGCUUCGUAAAAAAAUCAGCGUAUUACAUUUAAUCAUUACUUAACAUACCCUCGAAUUGGACAAAGUGGUGUUUCCUAAAAAAAAAAACAACCCAAAUAAUUAAAGAAUAUCACCAAACCAAAAAGAAAAUCCGCACAAAAUGGAUUUAGGUGAUCCUACUUUGAAACCGAUUAAAGUGUUGGGAGCUGGCUCCUUCGGACGGGUAUUUCUAUGCAAAUAUCGUAAUAAUCAGAAAGUUUGUGUCAAACGAAUUAUUGUGGUGAAUCCCAAGGUGGAAAUGGGCAUGAUAUUGGAGGAGGUUUACAUAAUAUCCCAGCUGCAGCAUCCAAAUAUUAUACAAUUCAUUAGUUCCUUUAUGCACGCCGGAACGGUUAACAUCAUCAUGGAAUAUGCCCCCAAUGGCACGCUUCAGGAUCUCAUCCAUAAUGCAAGACCCAAAGGUUUAACGCACAAUGAAAUUAUGCGUUAUUUUUGUGAUGCCCUCAUGGGUUUGGAAUAUUUACACGUACGGCAUGUCAUUCAUCGUGAUUUGAAGCCAGCCAAUCUUCUCGUCGAUGCCAAUCACAAUUUGAAAAUUGCCGAUUUUGGCAUCUCUUUGGUACAUGCCUCCAAAGUCCAUAACCCUGCUGCACUGGGUACCCCUUACUAUACACCACCCGAGGUAUUACGGGGCGAACGUUUUGAUUAUAAAUCCGACAUUUGGUCAUUGGGUUGUAUACUCUAUGAAAUGUGCAUGGGUCAUGGCCCAUUCUCACAAGCGGCCACAUUGGACGAGCUGCGCUAUUUGAUACGUGUCCUAACACGUCAGAAAAUGGAUUGCAGUAAUAUACGCAAGCUAUACGGUUGCAUGUGGGCCCAGCUGUGCGAACGCAUGAUUGUGACCAAUUUACAAAUGCGCAUCUCAUUGCCGGAGAUCAUUGUUCUGGAACCCUCAUUGACAAUAUACUAUUAUAAUAAAUAUUUCGAUUAUAAGUAUUAAGUGGGCGCGUGAUUUAUAUAUGUGUGCGUAUGUAUUAACUGUAAGUGUAAUUUAGUGGGACAAUAUUUCAAUUGUGUUAUUUAUAGAAAAAAAAUAUAGAAUUAUUUGUCAAUUUCAUUAAUUUGUUUAAACUAAAAUAUGUAUUUUUAAUCGUGUCUAUAUAUGUCAAAUAAAAGAAUGGUAUUUUGUUUUAACAGAAUAA